AUGAUUCAAGGUUACAAACCAAAGAGUGUUAGAAAACGUAAGAACUCUGCUGAGAAGCAGAAUGUUUCUGGGAAUUCUGCUAAGCGUUUUACGUAUCCUCUUUCUCCUUUGAUAGCUGAUAAAAAUGAACAUAUAUUUGUUUUGCAAGGCCUUCGUAAUAUUAGCAGCCCGACUGUCACACCACAGGAUAAUGUUGCCACACUGAGAACUCCGUUUUCUAACAUAACUAACAUUGUUGAGAACAAUGUUACAUCAAACCGAAGGUCCAGUUUAGGAGAUGGAGAAAAUUUGUUUGUCUUGCAAGGCCUUCGUCAGAUGACCAACCUCACUGUCACACCCGAGGAUACUGUUGCCACAGUGAGAACUCCACUUUGUAAUAUAACUAACAUUGUUCAGAACAAUGUUAGAUCAAACAGAUUUUCCAGUUUAGGAGGUGGAGGUGGAGGCCAUCGUAAGAGGACCAACACAAUUGUUACUCCAGAGGAUAAUGCUGCCGCAAUAAGAACUCCGCUUUCUAAUAUAACUAACAUUGUUCAAGACAAUGUAAAAUCAAAAAGAAGGUCAUUAAGAGGACUGUAUGACAACAAAUUUGAAGAGACAGCCCGAAACCUUUUUCCUGAAACAUCUUCUCACAAUGCUGAGAAAAACAAGUAUCUGCAAGAUGAUGACAUUGAGUGUUCUGUUGUUCAAGAUCCUGUUCUUUCAGAUGAUUCUGAGGAUGAAUUUAGUAGUGGUGAUUCUAGCACAGAUGGAGACUACAACCCAAGCAUGGAAUUAGACAGUGAAAGUGGUGAGUUUUGUAGUAAACAAGCACUGGAGCACCGUCUUUUUCACUUUACAACUGUCAAAAUUAACAUGUACAAUGUACAAUUCAUCUUGCCAUUUGUAGAGUCCGAACAAGAUAAUUCUUCAGUUGCUGCAAAGACGGUACCAAAGGAAUAUGUCAGCCUUGGUAGUCCAGAUGCUAUAUGCGAUAAAUGUAAUGCCCGUCUCUGGAAAGAAGAGCGCACCAACAAGAAUGUCACAAAAGGAAAACCAAUCUUCUCAAUAUGUUGCCGGAAGGGUGAUGUUAAACUACCUCCUACUCCUCAAACUCCAGCCUAUUUGCUGAAUUUGUACAACAACAAAUAUACUGGACUUCAUUUUCAGCGUUGCAUCAGGUUGUACAAUGCCAUGUUUGCCUUUACGUCCACUGGAGGUAAAAUUGACCAUUCUAUAAACAAUGGCAGAGGUCCUUACGUGUAUAGGCUCAAUGGUCAGAACCACCAUGUAUUUGGCCAGUUAAUACCCGAUGAAGGCCAACCACCAAAAUAUUGUCAACUCUACAUCUAUGAUACAACAAAUGAAGUUAAUAACCGCCUUAGGUGGGUUAAUGUUGAAGAUCAGCAAACUGUUGAUAAGGAAGUUAUUCAAGGUCUGAUAUUGAUGUUGGAUCGGACCAAUGAAUUGGUUGCCAAGUUCUGUACCGCACGAGACCGUUUUGAGAAUUCGGACUUUGUUGAUUUGAAGGUUGAAUUGAAAGUAUGCAGAUCUCAGAGUGGUAGAGAGAACCACAUAUCAUCUUCUGACGAGGUGGCUGGAAUAAUGGUUGGAACUACUGAUAAUACCACUCCUGAUCGCGAUAUCAUAGUUGAAAAGAAGUUUGGAUUGCAACGUAUUUCAUAUAUUCAUCCAAAACUCAUGGCUCUGCAAUACCCGCUACUUUUUCCAAAUGGCGAGGAUGGUUACCACAACAGAAUUCUUUUUCAGAGUGCUGAUCGAGGUUCUGACAAAGAAAAAGAUAUGAUCUCCAUGAAAGACUAUUAUUCAUACAAAUUUCAAGUUAGAGAGAACGAAGGCCUUACUCCUAGAUUAGGUGGAAGACUUUUUCAACUGUACAUGGUCGACGCCUUCUCCACAAUUGAGCAGACGCGGUUGUGGUGGUUUCGGACUCACCAAACAAUUUUGAGAAAUGAAUUAUACACGCAUAUCGCGGAUUCUAUUAAGAAAGGUGAUUCAGUUGGUGGUAAUGUUGGUAAAGGUGUCAUACUCCCGGCUGGAUAUGUUGGCUCCAAAAGGUACAUGCAACAGAACUUCCAGGAUGCCUUAGCUGUGUGCCGUCAUGUUGGACACCCAGAUGUUUUCCUUACAAUGACAUGUAAUUCAAUGUGGGAUGAAAUUCAGCAAAUGAUGAAAUUUGUGCCCGGAUGCAUCCCACCAAACUGUCCUGAUAUAAUCCCAAGAGUGUUCCGACUUAAACUGGAACAACUAACUAAUGAUAUUAAGAAGAAAGGACACUUUGGGAAAUGUAUUGGGGUGAUGUAUGUUGUGGAAUUUCAAAAAAGAGGACUGCCACACGUGCAUAUGCUAAUAUGGCUAGAUGGUCCAUCGAAGAAGUAUUUAAAAGAGAAUGUUGACAAGUUUGUUUCGGCUGAAAUUCCAGACCCUGUGAAGGAUCCUGCAGGAUAUGCUGCUGUCAAAGCAUAUAUGAUUCUACUAAUGUAA